GUUUCUCAUUUGCCUGGACAGAACUGGGGUGGACAGAGUCCAUACCCUAUCUUGAUAGGCCUCCGUCCCCACUGGACUUCUAUCGAGAAUGGGUGAGUCCGAAUAAACCUUGUAUAAUUCAGAAUGCCAUCAGCCACUGGCCAGCUCUGAAGAAAUGGACUUCAGCGUACCUCAGGGAAGUAGUAGGUGCCAAGGUAGUGAGUGUGGCAGUAACACCAAACGGUUAUGCAGAUGCGGUGUUUCAGGAUCGCUUUGUCAUGCCAGAGGAGCGCCAAAUGCCUUUCAUGGACUUUUUGGACAUUGUGGAGAAGAAAGUGACCUCUCCCAACGUAUUCUAUGUGCAGAAGCAGUGUUCAAACCUCACCGAGGAGUUCCCUGAACUUGUCUGUGAUGUGCAGCCUGACAUACCAUGGAUGAGUGAGGCACUUGGGAAGAAGCCGGAUGCCGUGAAUUUCUGGCUUGGGGAAUCGGCUGCUGUGACAUCUUUACAUAAAGAUCAUUAUGAGAACUUGUACUGUGUGGUAUCUGGAGAGAAACAUUUUCUACUGCAUCCACCGACUGACCGUCCCUUCAUCCCAUAUGAGCUCUAUCAGCCAGCAACCUACCAGGUAUCAGAAGAUGGCUCAUUUGAAAUUGUGGAUGAGAAGAGUGCAGAUAAGGUGCCCUGGAUCCCCCUGGACCCAUUGAACCCGAAUCUGGAACAGUAUCCAGAGUAUGCUCAGGCAAAACCUGUACAGUGUACAGUGAAAGCUGGUGAGAUGUUAUACCUGCCUUCUCUCUGGUUCCAUCAUGUUCAACAGUCACAUGGCUGUAUAGCAGUGAAUUAUUGGUAUGACAUGGAAUAUGACCUUAAGUACAGCUAUUACCAGCUACUAGAUUGUCUCACAAAAACUGUGAAAGUGUUAUAGCAGAGGUGGGAGACUCAAGCUUGUGAUCUUUCUCUUGUGAUGUGAUACAAUCAUCAGCAUCUGUGACUGGAGUACAAACAUAAUUCAAGUGAAAAGAACUGAACAUUAAAUUAUCCUCAACAUCUGUCAAACGGAUCAUGGCUGAUUUGCUUGAUUUCGGAGCCCAGAUCAAUUGGCCAUGGUUUUUGUCUUGUAAGUAGAAGGUUUAAUAAUAGUAUUUUUAGGUCUUUGCAUGUUGCCUCAGUGACAGUAAGCAAAAUAAAAUUUGAAGGAAGG